AUUUGACAUUUUAAAUUAAAUGAUUGUACUGGUAAAUAAAGCUUCUGAAGAUGGCGAGAGGGACACUUUCAACAAUAAAGGGGCCAUAUUCAGAGAGUCUUAGUACCAGUUUGAUCAUGAUCAAGUCAUUUCAUUCAACAUUUUGAUGCCAUGAGGAUGAUAAAUAGAAUGAAAGUAGUACAUCAUGUCACUGCAGCUGUGAAGGUUUGAACAUUUAACUAUUGGACAUUUUACAAUAUGAAUUGUACUUAAGGUGCACUUAUUUUGUGUCUGAACAACUGAGACUACUUUAAGUUAAUGAGGAGUUGCUCAUGAGUUGCAGUCGAACGUUUCAGGAAAAAGUGGACCUUGAGUUGAAAGGUCUCCUUAAAAAUAUAUAUUGUUGGGUUUGAUUUGAUUUAUUUUCACUACAGAUUCAAUUCUUUUUGUGACUUUGGCUCGAUACUUGGAACAAUGGAAAUUGUCUGUAUGAAUUACAUUCAUCAUAUGACUUGAUUUCUGAGGGUUGAAAUUAGUCCUGCUUUUUUUGGGUGGCAAAACCUGAAAUAGGUUUCAAAUACCUUUUGAAAUUGGAAAUGAUCUCUGUGUCAAAAUGACAGAUAACGCAAUGUUUUGAACAUUUUGAUAUUUGCAAAUAUUGAGCAAGUAUACUUGUGUGAAAGAUUGUGAGAAAUGAUUUUUUAAACGACUGUUUGGGUGUCAUUUCAUUAAAAAAGUGAUGUGUCAGAAAUAAAUGAACAUAUAAAAGGUAACCCUAAAUAACAGUGAACUAGUGUUACUUUCUGUGAAGUAACUAGAUGAGUUUGGGGGCCUGAUUAUUUUUACGUUAAAUACUUCUUCAACUUAUGAAAUGUCUUCUUUUUUAUGCUAAAUAUUUGUCCUUUCUGUUUGGAUUCAUGUGAAGAUGUUUACGCACUUACACUUAUCCACUGAAGAGAAUAGAAUGGGCUUAUAAAAAUGAUACCUGCUUUUUACUUUAUAUGUAUGCUCUAUCUUUAUGUAAAUGUAGGCCACAGGGUGUCUUAUCUACUGUAUGUGUGUGUGAACCAAGAGCUUGUUCUUGACACAAACAGCAAGUGGAGUCGAGCGUUUGCUGUGAUAUUGUUGUUGCAGGAAGCAGGUGUCACGUAGAGUCUUUCAUUUCUGGUGACUUGAACCAAGACGCUUACCAUAUGCAGGAUGUUGUCUGUGCUGGGAACACACUGCACAGGUGUUACAUGCAAAACUACAACAUGCACUGAAAGAACUGUGCGUUGACUCUAAUUCAGCGUUGAAUUGAGUUAGUUGAACCUAAUAUUUUUGUAUUUAAACCUAAUAUUAUUGCUUUCAACUAACCUAAUACAGUUAGAUGAAAUCUGUUGACACGAUACACUUAAUUAAAGUCAAUGUUGGAAUUUUUUUUCAGUGUGGGGUACUAUAUCCACUACCACCAUGUCACCAGGAUACUAAUAAUCUACCCGUAGAACAGCAUUGUGUUACAUUGAAACCUUUUUGGAAUACUUCAUGACAUUUAGGAUUCACAUGUAUCUACUUGUAAAUAAUGUGAAUACAUACUAUUACCAAAGUGUUUACCAUAGACAUGCCAAAUGAUUGUGAUGAUUGGACUGUAAAAUGAUUGGUCAAGCAUAAUAUCAUCUAUACAAUAGGUUUCUGUGAGGAAAUAUUAUUUGUGUAUUCACUUUGUUAAUGCUCUAGCUAUCUUUUUCCCUUAAAGGUCCCCUAUUAUACUAUUUUCCCACAAUAUAUUGAAUGUCUCAGGUAUAUACAAAACAUCCAUCUGAAGUGUUUGGCUCCAAAUACCAAACAGAUCAUUGUUCCAAUAGUGCUGAUUCUGUGACUGUAGUUUUAAAUGCCAAUGAGCUACGGCUGGCCACGCCCCUCUGCGAGAUGAAUGGUUAUUGGCUAAUGGUUGCACAACCCGAAAAAAAACUCUAGAAUCUAGAAUACAAUUUAAGAUAUAUUCAGAUACUGGGUUUACUUGGUUAGUGUAGCCUAAUGAUGCUGUUGAAAUGUAAUGGAGAGGGGCAAAAAACAAGAGAAAGGGCUAAAUGUAACCCUAAAGAGUAAAGCUUUGGUCAAUGACUCGAAUCAUUGAAUAGUACAGGCUGCUUAUCAACCAUGAUAUUUUCUUUUCAACAAUAGCAACAUGUUAUGCUAUUUAUAGCACAUUUCCCAAAAAGUUACGGUAUAAAAAAGACUUGGAGUGAUGGUUCACAGAGUAUCUCAUGUGGUGUGCACAUUAAAGGAAGGAGGAAACGUCCUGUUUUCCUUUUACAGAUGCCAAAUAGUAAAAUACAUCAAUGUUAUAAGCAAAGCCUGCACCAAAUUUGGUCCUACACUUUUCAUCAUAAUGACGCCGAUCCACUUUCCUAACACUAAGCAGCACUGUCUUUCUCUCAGGUACAAAUGUACAAAGAUAUGGGAGGAAUUUGAAAAAGCCUAUGUAGGCCACGACCCUUGUAACGUCCCCGGGGAAAACUAUGACUCUUUAAUUGCUGUGGCGCCAUUGAAACAUUCCUGUGGCAAAACGAUGUUCUGGAGUAAAACAAAGGAUCUGGUCCGUGACUUCACUAAGAACAGGGAAGAUGUUUUCAUCUUGGAGGACACUCUGCUGGGAUCUGUGCUGGAUGGUCUGAACUGGUGUGGAAAGAAGGGCAGCAGUGAAACAUUCACUGAAGGCUGCCCAGAGUGGGAUGAAUGUGCGAACAAUCCUCUCCGUUCAGUUUGGAACAGAGGCUCACAUGCUUCUGCAGAUUAUGGCUGUGAUGAUGUCACAGCAAUGCUAAACGGAUCCAGGGAUAGAGCAUUUGAUCCUGAAAGAGUUUUUGGAAGCGUUGAGGUGAAGAGGAUGAAAUACCCCAAGGUGAAAAGCCUGAAGGUUGUUCUCUUCACUCAAAAGAACACUCAAAGUGACACUCAAAAGAGCAGUCAAGAGGCAAACUGCAACAAUGUUUUAAAGGAUUUAAAGGGAGCGCUGGACCAAGGAAUAACAUGUACCUGCAAGGAAGUGACUGUAGCUAAGAUCAAGGAGUGCAGCUCCAAUCCAAAGAAACCCAUUGGAACCUGUUGGUGAUGACGUGUGAACUCAAUAUCAGAUUGGACUGUGUGACAAAAUGACAAAGAACAACAACAAUCCAUACACAUUAUUUAGCCUGGAGUUUAUUUUUGCUAAGUUUUUGUAAAUUGAACAAUGUUCUAGUAUACAGUGCUUUAGAUAUAUUAAUAUUUUUUGUACACAAAUUUGACUAAAUGUGAAAUGAGCUUUUUAUCUUUAUCUUUAUUUGCCUUUUAAUAACGUUCAAACUCGCUCCCACCUGGUGGAAUACACGUUUUUUUCAAUAAAAUACCAAAGUAUGCAGUUGUAAAGUUUUCUGUAUAGCAUUUUAUAUGAGAAAAAUCUGAAGAAAAACUCUAGAAAUAGAAAUAUUUUAGAAUAAGAAAUUAAAAUAAAUACAUAGAUAAUUAUUGAUAACCUUAAAAAUGCAUUAUUAUUCAAUUAAAAAAACAUUAAAAUAAAAAUAUCUUGUGUAAAUAAUAAUGCUAAAUAUGGGAUUUAUGAAUAAAUGUGACGGGCAAUGAUUGUCGCCUAUACUGCCUAUGCCCAGGGCCGACCCUGGUUAAGAGAAAGAUGUAUGCUUAGGGGCGCCACUAGAGGGCGCCCCCCAGCAAUUCGGCGGCGCACCCCACCAAAUCGGCACCCUAGGCGGGCGCCUAGUUCACCUGUGCCUAGGGCCGGCCCUGGCUACAAGGAUUCCAAGGAACAGGAGGGCUUUGUGCUAGGUGAUAAAUCUUCAAGUGGGUGCAAAGCCUAAGAGUAAAUCAUCUCCACGGGAUUUGGGAGGACGAAUAACCGGCAGAGCCCAGCGCUCUGAAACCUGUGAUGCAACCGGCUGGCCUGUAUUGAUAUCACCCAGGCAGGAGAGCGCCUCCUCAACCCCAGUUCAUACUAGGAAACAGCCGUGGAUAGCUGCUAAAGGGAGGACUGCAAACAAUCCUCCUAAACAACCAAGCGUGCCACUUCAGAACAGAUAUGCUCCACUGACACAGAACCGAAGAUCUUUUUCUGAAGAUCUGGAUAACCUGUCUUCUUCACAGGUAAGGACCAAAAGUUACUCAGAAAGUAAAAGAUUACAGGGAAAGCUAAGGACUAGGCCUGAAACUCUGAUUGUGGGCGACUCUGCUGUACGAGAUUUAAAUAGUCCAAGCAACACCAAAGUACUCUGUUUUCCCAAGGAUAUGAUCUCUGACUUGGCUAACAAGAUCCUGCAUAUUGGGGCUGAACACCUGACUGUGAAAAAUGUGAUACUGCACAUUGGAACAAAUGAUGUUGUGAAACAAACAGUCAGAAGUGCUGAAAGAAGACUUUAAAUGUCUGUUAAAAACUGUCAGCUCUCUAAAUGCUGAGGUGUUCCUCAGUGGCCCUCUACCGCCAGUCAGAAGAGGAGUGGAGAGAUUCAGCAGGUUGUUUGCACUGAACACGUGGCUCUCAACUGCCUGUACUGAACAUUCUGUCCAUUUUAUUGACCAUUUUAACUUUUUCUGGGACCACAGACAUCUUUUUAAGGCAGAUGGACUUUGUCUGAACACGUCAGGAGUAAAAUAGUUUAUUUCUAACAUAUUCAACUGCCUGAGUCAUGAAUCUGCUCCCUAUGCCAAGGACAAGCCACGAGAGGAAUCAAAACAGGAGAAAGACACAACACAGUGCAUAGAAAACCUUGAAGACCUAUCACUGCACCUGGCUGAGGAGAGUCGUGACUAUGGGACACCUAUGAGACAAAAGGAGAAGUCUCGACUGCCACUGAUCCCCUUUAUCAACGCCUAUGAGGAUACUCUCCCUUCAACACCCAAAACGCCAUCCAGCUCUCUGAGCCCAAAAUCUGCCAACCAGCAGUUCAGUGACCGCCUACGCUCCUGCCUGAAGGUGAUUCAGGAGAUUCGCAAGCAGACCCCCAUCUCUCAACUACAAUCACCGAAGCUGACACGUGCACCAGCUCCCCCGUAUUCAUAACCAUGCCUACCACAAUCAUCCAAACCAAAACGUGCACCACCUCGUCCCCCUUCGAGACCGCAUCCGCUGUCUCUGGAGCCUGAUAAGGAUGUGUGUGUAGAAAAGGCCACAAGCUCUAACUGAUAUGUGCUGGGUCCAGGCUCAAGGCACUCUCAAAUCUUUCCAGAACAUACCGGGACCCUGCCUGCCAAUAGCUUUGCCGAUAUUUGUGUUGAUAGGUUAUAGAUCAAGAACGGUGAAUCAGCUUGGUUUUAGUUUUAUGAGUCAGGCAAGAAUACAUAAGAAAGGGUGUGUGUGAGACUGACCGAUAGCAGCUGGAUGUUGCAGUGGAAAAAUGGACGCAUAGUUGAGGUGUCAUAUCAACCAUGGUGAGUUUAUUUCUAACAGUCCACAGGUUAGAAGGUAGCAGGCAGGUACAUGUUCACACUUUGCUAUUUGAGUGAAGACUGACCCUUUUAUAGUUUGCAUUCAGAAGACUUCCUUGGGAGAAAUCAUUCCCAGGUAAGUGUAGCAACUAUAACCUAUCGAAUAAUUAUUAUAAAGAAUAUUGUUCAUAUUCUUUACCCCACACCAUUCAUCACUUAGUCAACCGUUGCCAACCCACAUUAUACCUGACCAUACUAAAUAAACACAUUUCCCAAUUCUGGUAACCCCCCCUGUGUCUCACGCACUGCUUGGUCCCUCCCGGAACCUUCUCCUGUCCGGGUGUUCCACCCGUGGACCUUUUGGCCAUACACACCGAACCUGACAUGGGACAAGACCGCAGAGUUAAGUGACGGUUGUAACUUUGCCAAGUGUACACUUUCACAAUUAACGCCACAUAACUUCAUGGUAUACAUAUCUAAAGGCACACACAUAUUAUUGCACACAAUGUUAUAAUCUCAACCGCAGUCUUUCAUACUGUCGGAGCUCCUGCUAACCCUCCUCUCUUUUACAGCUCGUAGCCUUGUAUCCGAACAGUCUCUGCAGAUGACCCCCCAAUCAUACGGUUGAAUUAUUUAACAAAUACUACGUCAAUAAAUAGAACAAACAAUAUAAAACUGUGCAAAUAUGCCAUGUCAAAAUGUACUGUACCAAUCACACU